GCUAUGACGUGUGUUGCUGCAGGAUUGAGGAGGAGGUGGCUUUCAACUGUCAACAUUUUUAAACAACUACAAUUAAAAGCAGCAACAAUUUAAAGGUUAUAAAUUGACCCGAUAUGAAGACGGUGUUUGUAACUGUCGGCACCACGAGCUUCGAUGAGCUAAUCGAACACAUCACUUCCUCGGAGGUCGUUCAGGCUUUAAAGGCUCGUGGAUAUGAGCGUCUGGUUCUUCAGGUUGGAAGAGGAUCUCUUCUUCCAGCUGCUGACAGCUGUCCUCACAUCACAAUGGAGGCUUUUCGAUUUAAAGACUCCAUAGCAGAGGACAUGAAGCAGGCUGACCUCAUCAUCAGCCACGCAGGGGCAGGAAGUUGUUUGGAGGCACUUGGUGCAGGCAAACCUCUGCUGGUCGUGGUCAAUGACAAGCUGAUGAACAACCACCAAAUGGAGCUGGCCAGACAGUUACACCUGGACUCUCACCUGCUGUACUGCACAUGCAGUACACUGACAGAGACUCUCUCAAACAUGGAUCUCUCUGUUCUUCAGCCCUUCUUACCUGGACAGCCGAAAAACUUUGCAAACUUUCUAGACAGAGCCCUCGGUGUGCAGUGAAACUGUAUUUAAGAUGUGGAUUGUGAUGCUGCUCAACCAUUGAGUCUUUUAUAUUUUUGUAUGUGAUAAUACUAAUAAUGAUAAUAAUGUCAAAUUUCAAACCCUUACAAAUCCCACAAAUUAUGUCUCUUUUUUUAAAUGUGUACAUUUGAAGUAAAGAAAACAGCUAUAUAUCAACAUAUAUAGCUGUAUUUUAAGAUGAAAACAAAAACUGCUUCUGUUUGUUAACACUCGACCUCCCUAAUCCACAAGCUUCAGGUUUUCCCAGUGAAUUUCAGCCAUUAUAAAGCACACACUAAGUGUCUGCUAUUUGUCCAUUUUUUAAGUUGUGAUGUCAUCUUCCUAACAGCUGGUUUGUAAAUUAAGAAAUGGAAAAAAUUAUGCCAGAUACGAAGCUCUAAUUUUACACAAAACAAUUUAUGGCAUCUGUUUUAUAAAGAUGUUACCAGCUCUUUAAAAGCAGUGUCUACUGUACAAAAUUGAACAUUAUAGUACUCCACCAGUAGACCAUGAGUGUUAAAUGUAAUUGUCAACUUUUUGAUAACUGAUUAAUUGAUUUGAGGUUUUUUUACAAUAAUUAAAACAAGAUUGUUGAUUUGUCAGCUUCUUAAAUGGGAAUAUUGUCUUGUUUCUUUGCUCCAUAUAACAAGACUCCAUAUAAGUCUGUGACUGCGUUUCAUUUAUUUGUUUUUAAUUCAUUCUAUUAAAUCCUACUGCUACAUAUCAUUAUUUUACUGUUGCGCCAAGAGCUCUCGUUGGCCAGGUGCACAUAAAAAUGUAAAUAGAGGUCAUGGUGUACAGUAAUCUAACCCACAUUGUGCAUGACUUUCAGAAUAUUAAUUCACUUCUGUCUAAUUUCCAUAUUUAGAGGCCAGACAACUAGCCAGGUUGGUGUAAAUGUUGCUGACGAUGACAUUUUAGAUUGAUUAUUGCUUGUGAACCCAGUAUUUCACUUGAACUAUAAUGUAGUUGUCAGCAGCUAUUAUUUGCAUUACUAUUACUACUGGUUUAUUUUUAAUAGAUAGAAAGGCAUCAGUAACUUUCAUAACCAUGUAAAUGUGCAACCAGGGUAUGUUGAAGAUCAUCUCUGAACACUUUACGUGUCAAGCCUUGAAGCAGAUGGUCUGCAGCAGCAGAAAACCACACCGACUGAUGCUUUAUUAGCUGUCCCAUGUACCUAAAAGCGUUGGCCUUUGAGUGUAAGACUAUCUCGGUCUGUCUGUGUUUUCUGCACAGCUGAAGGCGAGACGAUGCUCCCAAACAUAUUUUCUGAGCUCAGAUAAGACUCACCGCCAUCUGCUUCAGUGAUCAGUGUAUCAGUGGUUGUCAUAAAUCAUCUAAGUCCCAGUGAAAAAGUCUGUCACGUGUAUUUCGUUAAACAUCCAAGAAAAUAAAUUUCAGGUGAAGUAUGAAAUAUGUGGUUAGGGCUUUUGAUAACAGAUUCUGAGAUACUUAUAGCCUUGAGGACAGAUUUUAGAGAUAUUUUCAGUUGUUGAUGAAAUACUUUUAAGUUAUUUCUAUUAAAAGCUCAAUCCAUAUUCAGACACACAUUCUGUUUAAGUACAGGACAGGUUUAUACAACUGUUAUGUUUCCUUUUCACCUGGGGUGAAAUUUGCCAAAGAUUCUUUGAAGUUUUGUUUAGAUUUCUUCAUUCUUUCAUCAAACCGCUAUCUUUAACUCAGUUUAAAACAGUUUUCCUACAUCUUUUAAUGACAAUCUGAGUAUAAAAUCUCCAACACUUUCAAGUAUAGUUUGUCUGUUGUGUACAGUAUGAAUAAAACACCAGAAGGGUGACAGACUUCGUUCUUAGGAAAGUCCCUGUUUUUUUCGGUGAAGAUUUUCGGUGGAAGUUAAGUUGAGGACUCACUGUGAUAUGAAACUGACAGAGACAUGGGACUUUCUUUACUUCCCUUCCUCAGCGUGUCAGUGCAGUAAAACACAGCAUUAUUGAAGCACAAUCACUUUAGUUUCAGAUGCUGUGGUUACAUCAGACAUCUGCUUUACCACCUCUGCUUGACUAAGGAAGUGUUUUUUCUUUUUUUUUUUUUUUAAACAACAACAACAACAGAAUGUUACAUAGGACUACACACGAGAUGAGGCAUGACCAAAAUGCCACCAUGUUGCUGCUUUACAAAAUAUUAUAUAAUUUCACAAGUAUCACAACCUUUGUCAAAUACCUUUUUACUGUAAAUGUUUUAGUCACAAGCUGUUGUUGUUUGUCCUAAUUCAAUUUCAGCUGGAGUUAUUGGGUUUGGACUGGUUUUGCCUUUCCCAACAUUAAGAUUCACAUGAUGUUUGUGCAAACUGCAUGUUGAUUUAAUAAGGACAAACACUAGCCUAGUGUUUUCUGCAGGGACACUUCUCCAGCUUUAUUUGCAUUUUAAACCUGUGUUAUUUCACACAGCGGUUUAUUAUUUGUGUAUAUUCCAUGACAGUAUCGUCUGGUUCUGCAAAACUGCUGUAUUUUACAGUGUACACUGGCUGUGUACACUGGCUAUAAUUUCCAUAUUUAUUAUGAAUUUUACAAACAUCCACAUGUUUUGUGCACACCUCCAAGUUUUCACAAGACCAAUCAAACUUCUUGGGUCUGAGGUUUUCUCAGAAGAAAGAUCUGUAUAAUGCAGUACUGAGCUUUUGUGUAACAAAGUGUGUACAGUGUGACUGAGCCUGUAGGAGUUUGCGAGAAAAUAACAGAACAGUGUCUGGAGAGCAAAUAACUCAAAUAGAAGUCGCGACUGCUGCGCUCCUCAGACAGAAAAACAACAUGAUUGAAACCAACGCAAUACCAAGAUUUCUGAUAAAGAACAAAUGCCCCAUUCAUUAGGACAAGAAUGAACUGAAUAAGCCCAUACAAACAGCAACAAGGCAGAGGGUCAAUCAAAGCAGCCUGAAUGCAGUGGUCAGUCAUGGACAUCACAUGGCACGAAGGGCUGUUUUCAGUGUUUAUGUGUUGAGUUCAAGAAACGAACAUUAUUGGAAGCAUGUUUUCUUUUACUCCUAGGAUGUUUCAAUGAUGUAUGAGAGCAAGAUUCACAUGUGUUCAUUCAGAAAAGAUCAUACAUGUCUUACUGUUUAAUUCCAAUUUUUUCCCAAGUCAAAUAUCCAUACAUUUGGCCCAAGUUGAUUUGGCAGUUUAAUAUUGUAUUUUUCCUGGUCUGAGGUCAGCGCUCUAUUUUCAAAAAAUAUGUGGUCAAUUUACUUUAAUUGGAGUCUACUCUUGGUGUUCUAGCAAAUGCAAAAAAUCCUGAUUGUGUUACCUCAGCAUGGACACGGACCCUAUGCCUGAAAGCCAAUGUUUAAAGAUGUCACAAGGAGUUAAAGGUCCAAUGUGUAAGAUUUAGGUGAACUUAUUUAACUCUGUAGCAGAAAUAAAUAAAUAAAUAAUCAUGCUGA